AUGGCCACCUACGCUUUGUCGCAGUCUCACCGCGAGCAAAUGGAGAAGUCUCUGGUCGACUCCGACCCUGAGAUUGCUCAGAUCAUGGAAAAAGAGAUCAAGCGUCAGCGCGAGUCCAUCCUCCUGAUUGCCUCUGAGAACGUCACUUCCCGUGCCGUUUUCGAUGCUCUCGGCUCUCCCAUGUGCAACAAGUACUCUGAGGGUUACCCCGGUGCUCGUUACUACGGUGGUAACCAGCACAUUGAUGCCAUUGAGCUCACCUGCCAGGCUCGUGCCCUGAAGGCUUUCAACCUCGACCCCGAGAAGUGGGGUGUCAACGUUCAGUGCCUCAGCGGUAGCCCUGCCAACCUGGAGGUCUACCAGGCUCUCAUGCGCCCCCAUGAACGUCUCAUGGGUCUGGAUCUUCCCCACGGAGGUCACCUGAGUCACGGUUACCAGACUCCUUCCAAGAAGAUCUCCGCUGUUUCUACCUACUUUGAGACAUUCCCCUACCGCGUCAACAUUGAGACCGGCAUCAUUGACUACGAUACCCUCGAGGCCAACGCUGAGCUCUACCGUCCCAAGUGCUUGGUCGCUGGUACUUCUGCCUACUGCCGUCUCAUUGACUACGCCCGUAUGCGCAAGAUUGCCGACAAGGUUGGCGCCUACCUGAUCGUCGACAUGGCUCACAUCUCCGGUCUUAUUGCCGCCGGUGUCAUUCCUUCUCCCUUCGAGUACGCCGAUGUUGUUACCACCACCACCCACAAGUCUCUCCGUGGUCCCCGUGGUGCCAUGAUCUUCUUCCGCAAGGGCGUGCGCAGCACUGACCCCAAGACCGGCAAGGACAUCAUGUAUGAUCUUGAGGGUCCUAUCAACUUCUCCGUCUUCCCUGGUCACCAGGGUGGUCCCCACAACCACACCAUCACUGCUCUGGCUGUUGCCCUCAAGCAGGCCGCCACUCCUGAGUUCCGUCAGUACCAGGAGCAGGUUAUCAAGAACGCCAAGGCUCUUGAGGUCGAGUUCAAGGCUCUCGGCCACAAGCUCGUCUCUGACGGUACCGACAGCCACAUGGUCCUGCUGGACCUCCGCGCCAAGGGUCUUGAUGGUGCUCGUGUCGAGGCUGUCCUCGAGCAGAUCAACAUUGCCUGCAACAAGAACUCCAUUCCUGGUGAUAAGUCUGCUCUGACUCCCUGCGGUAUCCGUAUCGGUACUCCCGCUAUGACCAGCCGUGGUAUGGGCGAGGAGGACUUCAAGCGCGUCGCUCGCUACAUCGACCAGGUCAUCAACCUUUGCAAGAGCAUCCAGACUGACCUGCCCAAGGAGGCCAACAAGCUCAAGGACUUCAAGGUCAAGGUUGCCUCCGACUCUGUUCCCGAGAUCCUCGCUCUCCGCAAGGAGGUCGCCGAGUGGGCCAGCACCUUCCCUCUGCCUGUUUAA